AUGAACAUGUCUGAAAGGAAGCCGUCUUUGAGGUACUCUUCCAAAAAGAGUUUUUCGUACGAGAAGGAAGCAUCGUCUACAACUCUUCAAAUAACCAAAAACCGAGAUGAGAUAAUAAAAAAUAAAGUUUACUGCCCUAUCGAAUUAAAAAAUGUUUAUAAGUUUCUAGAAGAGAGUGACCAAUUAUUGAAGAAUAAUGACCUCAGUGAAAUGUACCUCGUCGAUCAUAACAAAAGAAUAAACGAAUUAACGUCGUUGUGUGAAAAUUACAAAGUAAAUGUGAACAAUCAGAUCAGGCCAGAAUUAAAGAAAACAUACAAUUCAAUUGAAAGUAAUAUUCACUACUUAAAUAAACACAUAGAAACGGCUAAAAAAGACAGCUUGCUUUUAAAAAAAAAAUUAAAAAAAUCAACUGAUCCUUUAUAUAUUUCUACACUAGAACAGAAAUAUAAACAAAUCUGUUUAGACAUAGAAAAUAGAAAAAAGGAAAUAAAAUUUUUAAAAGAUAGCAUACGAAAAAAUGAAAAAUUAUUAGAUUCAAAUAAAAGAAAACCUAACCAAAAUGCGUUAGAAAAGGAAUAUAAAAAUCUGUUGAAUCAGCAAUCAACGCUGUGUUCUCGUCUAAUCCAAUUGAACAAUGGAAACAAACUCUAUGAAGAUAACAUUUCCAAAAUAGAAACCCAGCUUGAGGAGAUAAAAAAAAAAAUGAAUGAACUAAAUAUAGACAAAAAAAAAGAUGAAGACAUUCUGGUCGGAUGUGAAAAUGACACAUCGAAGGAAAAUCUAGAACGGCGCAUUUUUCUCCUUAACACAAAAAGAGAUGAACUGAAAAAAGAAAAAAAUAGCUUUAUAAAUAAUUUAAGUAACACAUUAAUGAAAUUAAAGAAACAAAUUUCCACUUUGGAAGAUGAAAAAAGGAAUUUGUUAAAUGAAGAAAAAAUUAAUCUAGACAAAUAUAACAUAUUGAAAAGGGCGCUAAACAUUAAGUUGCAAAAAGGUAAUAAAAAUGAAGUCAAGCCAAAAUACCUAACUAAGAGGAAUGUUGCAGAAAAGGUGGAACACAAUAAAGAGCGUUUUGAUUCCCAUCCCGAUGCCCGUUCUGAUGCUCAUUCUAAUGCACAUGAAAGCAGGAGCACAAAUGAUUGCACAAAUGAUCACACAAAUGAUCGCACAAAUGAUCGCACAAAUGAUCGCACAAAUUCGAAGCAUCACACAAAAAAAGGAGGAGAAAAUAUUUCCAGAAAUGACUAUCCAACUGAAGAAAACAAUUUUAUAGAAAAUUUAUUAGAAUCUGGAAAUGAGGACGAGUUCACAGAUAAGCAAAUCCUGAACAAGACACAGGAACCUGAACGAGGUGCAAUGCAUAUGACACUCUACCACCAUGAAGACGAACAAAAAAUAUCACCCCAGGAAGCAAAGGAAGAUAAUUGUGAAGAUCAUCUUACAAUUCCAUCGAGGUCCAACAUAUUGACAGCACAAGUUAACAAUGAAAAUGAUUUGAAAAAGACAAAGAAAAAAAAAAAAAAAAUCUUCCUUCCCCAAUUUGAAGCCCAUAUGCUUUUGAAGCUUGAAAAGCAGCUCACACAAAAGGUCAGGGAUAGUGACGAGCACGAGCGCGAGAAGGAGAAAGAGAAAGUGGAAGUCGAAGAAAAGGAAAAAGAAGAAGAGACAGAAAAAGGGGUGCAAGAAGGGGUGAUGGAAGAAGAGGUGAAUGAAGAGAUAGAUGAGGACGUGGUGAAAGAAAUCGAGAUUGAAGAAGAGGUGAAAGAGGAUGUGGUGAUAGAAGAAGGGGUGAUAGAAGAAGAGGUGAAUGAAGAGAUAGAUGAGGACGUGGUGAAAGAGGAUGAAAUUGAAGAAGUGGUGAAAGAGGAUGAAAUUGAAGAAGUGGUGAAAGAAGAAGAGAUUGAAGAAGUGAUGAAGGAAGAAGAGAUUGAAGAAGUGAUGAAGGAAGAAGAGAUUGAAGACGUGGUGAAAGAAGAGAUAGAUGAAGACGUGGUGAAAGAAGAGAUAGAUGAAGACGUGGUGAAAGAAGAGAUAGAUGAGGACGUGGUGAAAGAAGAGAUAGAUGAGGACGUGGUGAAAGAAGAGAUAGAUGAGGACGUGGUGAAAGAAGACUUAGAUGAGGACGUGGUGAAAGAAGACAUAGAUGAAGACGUGGUGAAAGAAGACAUAGAUGAGGACGUGGCGAAAGAAGACAUAGAUGAAGACGUGGUGAAAGAAGAGAUAUAUGAGGACGUGAUGAAAGGCCCGGAAGAGGAAGAAAAAGAAAUUCCAUAUGAUGCGAGCAAUGGCAAUGCACGGGAAAAUGUGAAUGUGGUGGGGGAAAGUAUAACCGGAGGAGCUGAAUAUGAAGUUGGAAAUGACAAAUUAAGUUGCAACAUUAGCAGCGAACCGCAUGAAAAUCCCCUAUGUGAGUCUCAGGCAAGGGAUAACAAAUCUACGGAAAUUGAAACACCAUAUUCGACAGAAAAGAAAAUCUAUAAUAAAAGCAACAACGAAAUUCCAAAAAUGUCGGAGGGUAAAGAGACAUUUGAAUGUGCUAAGAGGAAUGAAAGCGAUAAUUUAUAUGAUGAUACGGAAACACAGAACUUUAAUGGCUCACAUAAUGAUAGCUAA